AUGCUGUUUUCUCUGGCUCGUUUCGUGUUAUUAUUCGGCUGCACGCAGCUCAUCUGUGCUCUGACAGAAUCGAAGCACAUUCCGCAUGCGUUAGAUGAACUUGAAGGUACUGGUUUCGGUGGUCUCGACAGACAAGCGGGUCGCACAAAGCGUUCGCUCGACAGUAUAGAAGGUACCGGAUUUGGCUUUUACAAGAAGAAGAAGAGGGCUCUGGAUGACUUGGAAGGUGCAGGAUUCGGAUUCGAUAAAAGGUCACUAAACUCACUGGAUGGAACUGGCUUCGGCUUCGACAAACGUUCGUUGAAUUCCCUCGACGGCACGGGUUUCGGCUUCGACAAGAGAUCGCUCAAUUCAUUGGAAGGUGAAGGCUUCGGAUUCGACAAACGAGCGUUGGAUUCGCUUGACGGGACCGGAUUCGGGUUUAACAAGAGGUCGCUAAACUCCAUCGAAGGCGAGGGUUUCGGAUUCGACAAACGAUCGCUGAAUUCGCUUGAGGGCGAAGGUUUUGGCUUCGAUAAACGCUCGUUGAAUUCCAUCGAAGGCGAAGGUUUUGGAUUUGACAAAAGGGCUCUGAACUCGUUAGAGGGUGAGGGCUUCGGCUUUGAAAAACGAUACUACCCACGUGUCACAAAGGGUGAGUUACUUCAGCCCCAGGACAUACUUCAAGCGAUUUUGGUCGCGACCCGAUUUGGCAAUAUCCAAUUGUUUACAACUCAUCGUAAGCGCAUUCUGAUUUUUAAAAGUUAGGG